AUGGCAGAAACGACUCUGCAUAAUGCACCUAUAGUGCUUGACAAUGGCAGUGGGACCAUACGAGCUGGGUUCGCAGGCGAGGAUCUUCCAAAAUGCUAUUUCCCUUCGUUCGUCGGUCGACCAAAACACCUCCGAGUCCUCGCUGGCGCGCUGGAAGGCGACGUAUUUAUUGGACAGAGAGCUCAAGAGCUACGAGGUCUCCUAAAAAUUCGAUAUCCUCUCGAGCACGGAAUCGUGACAGAUUGGGAUGACAUGGAAAAGAUUUGGCAGUGGGUUUACGAAGGGGAACUGAAGACGUUGAGCGAAGAGCAUCCAGUCCUAUUGACCGAGCCCCCGCUCAAUCCGCGGACAAACCGAGACACGGCCGCACAGAUUCUAUUUGAACAGUUUAAUAUACCUGCCCUUUACACGUCAAUUCAGGCGGUGCUGUCACUCUAUGCUUCCGGCCGAACAACAGGCAUUGUGCUAGAUUCUGGCGAUGGUGUUUCCCAUGCGGUCCCCGUCUACGAGGGCUUCGCUAUGCCAAGUAGUAUACGAAGAAUUGAUGUUGCGGGCCGUGAUGUUACAGAGUAUUUACAAUUGCUCCUGCGGAAAAACGGCUACGUAUUCCAUACGAGUGCUGAGAAGGAGGUGGUCAGGAUGAUUAAAGAGAAAACAGGCUAUGUCGCCUUGGAUCCGAAGAGAGAAGAAAAAGACUGGUCGACAAAUGUCUCGAAGGUGGACUCUAAAACCCAGGAAUAUACUCUGCCGGACGGACACAAACUUAAGGUUGGAGCGGAACGGUUUCGAGCUCCUGAAAUUCUUUUUGAUCCUGAAAUUAUCGGCCUUGAAUAUCCUGGCGUUCAUCAAAUCGUGGUAGAUGCUAUCAAUCGGACCGAUAUGGACCUGCGCAAGGCGCUAUUCGGCAAUAUUGUACUCUCUGGCGGCUCGACUCUAUGUCGAGGUUUUGGAGAUAGGUUGCUUCAUGAGGUUCAACGAUUGGCUGUCAAGGACAUGAGAAUCAAGAUUUUUGCCCCUCCGGAACGAAAAUACAGUACAUGGAUCGGAGGCAGUAUUCUUGCUGGUCUAAGCACUUUUAGAAAGAUGUGGGUCAGCAUCGAUGAUUGGCACGAGAAUCCAGAUAUAAUUCACACGAAGUUCAAUUAGAAAGGAGAAGAAUUGAUGAGGAACUGCACUGUCAAGUCGACACCACUCAUUAUUCCUCGCUGGACGAGCUAUGCAUGUGGACAGUCCCAGAGAGCAACUGCACGAAAAUGCGCCCCAGAAUUGAGAGCAGGUGGACAGAAAUGGAGAAGGACCAGAUCAGGAGUUAUUAGAUUAGCCGAGUCGUUUUGAUACCCACCCUGCAGACCCCUAUUCCCCAACAUAUGUCGCGUUUCCCCUUUUACCCUUUUACAAUCCAUGCACAAUUUUGAUUCGAAACAUCUGAUGCCCAAUAGCAAGGUACAUACUGCAGUAUCCGUCGUUUGUCAGCUGAUUAUGUCUGUACAGUACCAACAUCUCUUUCUCAUUGUGGAUUUCAGCGCUUUGAUCAUUCUCUGUUCUCUUUCUUCCAUUUCGCCUCUCGUCCUCAGUUAUAGCAGCUCAAUGUUAUCAUACAGCCGCUAUUAUCUACCGCCCCUUCAUCCCUCUGUCGUCAUUUCUCGAAAUAUACCACGGAUUUGGAAAUGGAGACGAAUUGCCCUUUCAGUCAGAAAGGUUCUCCCGAAUGAUAUCCGAUUUCCCCGUUUCCGCCCACUUUGACUCUGUCUCUCUCUCUCUCGCAUCAUCUGGCAGAUCCCUCUGUCCUACAUAUUGCCACUCCCUCUGAGACAAGAAAUUUCUCUUCGCGCUCCAGUCUACCCCAUUUUCUCGUUUGGUUUUAUCUAUUUUAUUUUAUUCCCUUUUUGUUUUGGUUUUGCUUCCUGGUUUCCUGUUGUUUUACUUCCUGGAGAUUCUCAAGCAAUUCUCUAGUCUGUAUAUAGAUUUAUUUUUUAUUCUUCUACAUGUUCUCGAACCGAUCUGUUGAUUGCUCUAAUGAUUGAACAAAAAAAGCAAAUUGAAGCGUGGCAAAGAAUAUCUUAACG